CCCAAAAAUAAAAUAAAAAUGGAGAGAGUUGGGGCAAGAAUAUUAGCUAAAAUCCGUUCACAGGUGUUUGCUAAGCAUCUGUCCCCCCUCUGCCUCUACUUCAUCUAUUUCCUGACCUUCUCCAUUUUAGGGUUUUUGGCACUCAAGAUCUCGAAGCCAAGAAUCACUUCACGUCCUCAUGACUUGGACCUCUUCUUCACUUCUGUUUCCGCCCUCACCAUCUCUUCCAUGUCCACCAUCGACAUGGAAGUCUUCUCCAACACCCAACUUAUCUUUCUCACUAUACUCAUGUUCCUCGGUGGAGAGGUCUUUACUUCCUUCCUUAAUCUCUACUUUUCUCAUUUCACAAAAUUCGUCUACCCUCAUAACAAGGUUAGACACCUUACGGACUCUUUCGACUUGGACCGUCGUAUGGAGGAACCCCGUAUUGACAUCGAGAACGUUAUUGAUCAUCAAGAAGGUUCUAUCCAGAUGAUUGAGAGGGCAUCUAAGUGCUUGUACUCAGUGGUUCUUGGUUACCAUGUCAUUACACACCUAGUCGGCUCCCUGUUGGUUCUUGUGUACGUAAACUUUAUUAAAACAGCGAGAGAUGUUCUUAGUUCCAAGGACAUCUCACCUCUCACUUUCUCGGUGUUUUUGACUGUCUCCACAUUCGCAAACGGUGGAUUUGUCCCAACUAAUGAGAACAUGAUCAUCUUCCGCAGGAACUCGGGUCUUCUUUGGCUCCUUAUCCCUCAAGGUCUGAUGGGAAACACUUUGUUCCCUUGCUUCUUGGUGCUGAUCAUAUGGGGUCUUUAUAAGAUUACAAAGCGCAACGAGUUUGGUUAUAUUCUUAAGAACCACAAGAAGAUGGGAUACUAUCAUUUACUUUCCGUUCGUGUUUGUAUUCUUCUUGGAUUGACGGUGUUAGGGAUUUUUUUGUUGCAAUUUCUUCUCUUUUGCACUUUUGAGUGGAGUUCAGAGUCUCUUGAAGGAAUGAGUUGGUACGAGAAGUUGGUUGGAUCGUUGUUUCAAGUGGUGAACUCGAGACAUACCGGAGAAACUAUUGUAGACAUCUCUACACUUUCCCCAGCUACCUUGAUAUUCUUCAUUACAAUGAUGUUCCUUCCUGCGUACACAUUGUUUAUACCGUUGACCAAAGAAAAUAAUAACAAAGAUGAAGAGGAAGAUUCCGGAAAUGGAAACAAACGGAAAAGAAGUGGGUUCUUCGUGUCACAACUUUCCUUUUUAGUAAUAUGCAUCUUUCUUGUUUCCAUCGUCGAAGAAGAACAACUACGACGAGAUCCACUCAACUUUAACGUUUUUAACAUCACUCUCGAAGUUAUCAGUGCAUAUGGAAACGUGGGGUUCACGACCGGGUACAGCUGCAAACGGCGGCUGGACGCUAGCGAUGGUGUCUGCAAAGACGCGAGUUACGGUUUUGUGGGACGGUGGAGUCCCACUGGGAAAAUUAUACUUAUAUUAGUAAUGUUGUAUGGUAGGUUUAAACACUUUACGUCCAAAUCUGGCCGGGCAUGGAUUCUAUAUCCCUCUUCUUUCUAAAUAACAUAUAUAUAAAAACAAUUCCCCUU